CGGUAAAACACGUGUGACAUCCCUGGGAUCUAGAGCCAAGAAAAAGGAUGCUGCAAGAACGCAUCACUGAACAUCAUCUGCUAAAGCCUAACUAAAGGGUUAUGUAAACAUCCGCCAUUGCGUUUACUUUGUAGGUGGUGAUAGGCAGGAGUAGCCUAACAAUUCAAAGGACGGUUUUCAACUGCAUACAUUUUGCGGACUGGCAUUGAAUUUGGAUAUCGGCAAAUUAAUUAAAGGGAGCAGAGCUCAGCGUCCCUCAGUCAGACGGCCGGUCAGUCGAAGCAGAUGGGAAGAUUGUGUCGUAGCUUCCUCCUCCUAUUCCAUGUCCGAUCUCUGAGCCGCGUCAUUGAUUAACGGCAGACAGAGAGGGAUCUUAAGAAUAGGGGCAGUUUGUGUGAUCAACAUCUUCGUCUGAGCCACGGUGAGGAGCCUUAAAGGAGGCUGAGAAUCAACUUCUUCCACAGGGCAAACCACCGGCUGCUGGGGCGGCCAUCUUGAAAGCUGGCUGGGAAUUAUAAGCAAAGCCCACCGUCAAUGGGGAUGGCUGUUUCAAUUCUUGGACAUUUCAAACGCUACAAGAUGGUGAAGUACCAGCGUUCUUCCUUGAGUGGUGCAGAUGAACUCUCAGAUCAUGACCAGGGUACCGGCGGCCUCACCGGUACUCAUCAGUCUAACAGUCAGCCAGGCAACUCGGUAGCGAGUGGAGCUUAUGACAAAAUGGGGGAAAAUAACUGCGUUAAGGUACCAGACGUCAAGUUUAAAAACUCCUCCAACUCCACAUCGAAUGAUAUCAAGUAUGUACCAGGGGAGAGUAGCAGAAUGGAAAGGCACGGGAUAGUGCGGACCUUACUGGAGAAGAUACUGAUCGUCUUUUGCGUGGUGCUCUUACUCAUUGUUCUUAUUCUUGCCAUUUUGUACGGGAUCGAGAGGAGGGAAGAGUUUUGCUUAACGGGGCCAUGUGUGACAAUAGCUGGGAGUGUUCUGAGCUCGAUGGACAAGUCCAUUGACCCCUGCGAGGACUUCCACAAGUAUUCAUGUGGUAGCUGGAUUAAUGAGCAUCCCAUCCCGGACGGCCAAUCAAGAUGGACAACAUUCGGCAUGAUCUGGAGAGAGAAUCAAGUGGUGCUGAAGCAGGUUCUUGAACAUGAACUCAACACAUCAAGCACAGCAGAGAAGAAAGCGCAGAGUUUCUACCAGUCCUGUAUUGACAAGAACAACGACAUUGACCGCCUUGGUGCCCAACCUCUUAUUGAUAUCAUCAACUCGCUCGGUGGCUGGAAUGUGACUGGUACCUUCAAUGGGACGAACUACAAUUUCAACAAAGUAUUCCAGAAGAUGGAAGCCUUGUAUGAUGAAAAGCCUUUCUUCACCUUGUUAAUCGGAGGUGACGAAAAAAACUCCAGCAGGAACAUUCUGCAAAUUGCUGAAGGGAGCAUCUUGCUUCCUGAUGAGGUAUACAUGGUCAACAAGACUGAAGACGACCCGGUGGUGGCAGCAUACUUUAAAUACAUGCGCAGAGUCACGGAACUGAUUGGCGCAGAAGGGGAAGAAGUUGAGAGACAACUAAGAAAUAUCUGGGAAGUUGGAGUCAGCAUAGCCAAUUUGUCAAUGGUCUUAGACGACUUUGAGAAUAUGGAUUAUGAGGACUUCUUCAACUACAUGUCAGUUAAAGAGAUGCAGACUCUGUUUCCUGCAUUUGAUUGGUUGGACUAUCUGAACUACCUCUUCAAAGAUACCCAUGUUAAGAUUGACGAGAAUGAGCAGGUUAUCGUCUUCACUCCUAAAUACCUUGCAGCUGUCUCAGAGUUCAUUCUCAAUACUGACCAAGUAGCCCUUCACAACUACAUGAUCUGGUCAUUAAUCACGUCGCACACCAACUACCUGAGUGAGGACUUCCGUCGAGCUGAGGAUGACCUCGACAAGGAACUUUACGGUCAGACCUCAGAUAUGCCCAAGUGGCGGGCUUGCAUCAGCGCGACCGAUGAGAACCUUGGCUUUGCGUUGGGGGCACUCUUCGUGAAGGAGACGUUCAAGGGAAAGAGCAAAGAGAGGGCUAGUGCUAUGGUGGAGGAGAUCCGAAGCGCAUUCAAGAACAACCUGCCAGAUCUGGAAUGGAUGGAUGAAGAAACACGCCACGCUGCGAGGGACAAGGCUAAUGCCAUUCUAGAUCUGAUUGGCUUUCCAGACUUCAUUCUUGCUCAUAAGCAGUUGGACGCCUCCUAUGAAGAGUUAGAGAUAAACUCAACUGACUACUUUGGCAACAACAUCCGUAUCAGCCAAUUCCACACACGUCAAGAGCUCCAGGAGUUAAGAUUGAAGGUCAAUAGGGGAGAAUGGGAGAUGACCCCACCACAGGUCAACGCUUACUACUCACCGCCUAAAAACGAGAUCGUUUUCCCAGCUGGUGUUUUACAGGCGCCAUUCUACGACAAGGAUUAUCCCAGGUCCUUGAACUUUGGUGGUAUGGGGGUCAUCAUGGGGCAUGAAAUCACCCAUGGAUUUGAUGACUCCGGUCGCAAGUACGACAAAUAUGGCAACUUGAAACAGUGGUGGAACAAUGACACCAUAGAGCGCUUUGAGAACCAAAUUAAAUGCAUGGUGGAUCAGUACUCUGAGUAUGAGGUCAAUGGGGCAUAUAUUGAUGGCAAGAUGACGCUUGGUGAGAAUAUAGCUGAUAAUGGAGGUCUGAAGUCGGCAUACAGGGCGUACGAGGAUUGGAUUAAGGAACAUGGGCCUGAGAAGCCUCUCCCAGCCCUAGGCCUCUCCCAUAAACAACUCUUCUUUGUUGGAUUUGCUCAGGUUUGGUGUUCCUCCAAGACGCCAAAGGAGGCACAGAUUGACUUGAUUACUGAUAAUCACAGCCCUGCAAAAUACAGGGUUAUAGGAACUUUGUCCAAUUCAGAGGACUUUGCGAGGGAGUUCAACUGCCCAGUAGGUAGCCUGAUGAACCCAAAGGACAAGUGUGAAGUAUGGUGAGGGGAUCAGAGGGGAUUUAGAGAUGAAAAGCCUAAUCUCUGCCACAAGUGUAUGCCAUUCUGGUGGCGUUUCUCUGCAGAUGAUCUGAGAUUAGCAGAGAAAUAUUUUUACUUUUUAAAUUAUUUGUAUUUAUUCACAGUUAAUAGUCUAUUUUGUUUUUCUUGUAUGUUUUUAAGUAGGGUUUGAAACUUUGCAUGGUGGAAAAAGGAUAAAGUAAGGUGUGGUAACACAACAGAAUGUAAUGAUAAUCUCUAGCUACCAACCCAACUCAUUACAUGGUGUUACCGCAAACUUUACUGUAUUGUAUGUUUUUGUCAUGUAUUUUUUUCUUUUCAAGUGUGAUUGUUUUUUAGUUUAAACUAUUCAGAAAUUUUCCUGAGAGAUGGGACUUGUCUAUUCAGAAAUGUUCCUGAGAGAUGGGACUUGUCUAUUCAGAAAUGUUCCUGAGAGAUGGGACUUGUCUAUUCAGAAAUGUUCCUGAGAGAUGGGACUUGUCUAUUCAGAAAUGUUCCUGAGAGAUGGGACUUGUCAUUCUAACGGCGUAAAAACAGCACCGACUGUAAAACAGUGGUAAAAGAUGUAGUGCUUUCAACAGUGGUAUACAGCUGGUUUUUAAAAAUGAUAUUUUUUAGAACAUUAGGGAGUUUGUUCAUCUAUUUGGAAAGUUUGCCAUUAUGAAGUAACAAGUAAAAUCUGUUUGGUAACUACACAAUCUUUGCACUGUUAACAGAUUUCCAAACAUUUGAACCUCAAUAAGUAUUACAGUGUCAAUCACUAACGGUAGUUCUGCAUGCUAAACUGUUUGUGUUCUACAAGAAAUCCAGGUACAGUAACUGAGUCGUGAUUGGUUAUUUAAUUGUGGAUUUCUUUGCAGCUGAUGUAUGGAUAUUUUCAUUGGCUGUUAACAGAUUUUAAAUAACUUAAUUUUAUCUUUUUCAUUACCUCAUAUUAUUUUUAAUUUGGUGUUGUGUGUCUCUUGCCAUUGCUUGAUUACAUUUAAAGUUUAUGACCUUGUUUCAGCGUACAAUUUACUUUAGUACUCAUUCAUCGGUAAACAUGAAUAUUCAUUGGUAAACAUGAAAAUCCAUUGGUAAAUAUGAAUAUUCAUCAGUAGAUAUGAAUAUUCAUCAGUAAAAUUAAAUAUUCAUUGGUUAAUAUGAAUAU